AACUGGAAAUCGGGUGCCACGACAGUAUUUGUUAUGAUCGCUGGUUUUUUAUACUGAUUUUUUUAAAGAAAAUGGCACCAACAAUUGGAGUAAAUUUACGAGUUACUGGCCAUUGUAAUCAGGGUGGGAGAAAGUAUAUGGAAGAUGCAUUUGUUGUGGCGUAUCAACAAACUGAGGAUGAAAAGGACCUCGAGUAUGGUUAUUUCGGAAUCUUUGAUGGACACGGAGGGCGCGAAGCUGCUCUUUAUGCUAAAGAACAUCUUAUGAAUCAUAUCGUAAAUCAAAAGAACUUUUGGUCAGAUAACGAUGAAUUAGUGUUGAAAGCAAUCAAAGACGGGUUUCUUACCACACAUUUUGAUAUGUGGAAGGAAGUUGAUAAAUGGCCAAGAACAUUUUCUGGACUGCCGAGUACUUCAGGGACAACUGCAAGUGUAGCCUUCAUCAGACAUGGAAAAAUGUACGUUGGUCAUGUAGGCGACUCAAAAAUUGUUCUGGGAUGCCAAAACAAAGACUCAGAUGCUUGGGUUGCUCAGCCUCUUACUAAAGAUCACAAGCCAGAAUCCCCUUCAGAAAGGGAGCGUAUCCACAGCGUGGGAGGUUCUGUGAUGAAUAAAGCAGGUGUAGACAGGGUCGUGUGGAAGAGACCUCGUAUUGGUCACAAAGGACCAGUUCGACGAAGCACACAUUUUGAUCGUAUUCCUUUCCUGGCUGUUGCCAGGUCACUUGGUGAUUUAUGGAGCUACAAUUACUUCCAAGGAGAAUUUGUGGUAAGUCCAGAACCGGAUGUAGCCAUGGUUACCCUGGACCCAAAGCGAGAUCGUUGUAUAGUUCUAGCAUCAGAUGGGUUGUGGAAUAUGAUGACUCCUCAGGAUGCUGUGAGAAUUGUUCAAGAAGCUGAACAUGAAAAUGAGCAGCUUAUUCUAGAAGCUGGGCAAACAUUUUUAAUGGGUAAACCUGUUAGUAACCCAUCUAAACUGCUGGUGGAUAGAGCUUUGACCCGAUGGUAUAGCUUGAAAAUGCGUGCUGAUAAUACAAGUGUAAUCACAGUUAUGUUGGACCCCCCAGGCCCUCCUAAGAGUGAAGUGCUACUUCGUCAACGCAUGAUGCAGAGGUUAAGACCUCGUGAAGAACAAACAGAAAUUAUUCCAGAUAGUACUACUCCUACAGAAAAUGAGGCAGUUGACAUAAAGGUCAAGAAACCUUCAGAGUCAAGUUCAUUCAAAGAGUUUGAAAGUUCAGAUUCUGCUCAAGAAUACAAAUUACCAUGUCUCCCAAGACCUGUUGUCCUUUCACCCAAGAAGGUUGUUGUUGUGAAGCGUACAGAAUCUGAUGCUACAGAAAAUGAUACUGAUUCGUAUAUAAAGCCAAAUGCUGGGUGGCCAUCUCAUUCUUUUGGUAGGACAAGCCCCAAUCAUGAUUGCUGUAAGAUUGGUUGUUCUUGUCAUUUACUCAAUUCUGUUGCAAAGCAUGUCAACCCAUCAGCGAAUGAAGCUCGUCCUCCUGGCAGCUCUUUAAGCAACAUAUUGAAAAUUGUGGAUAAAAAAAUUAAAACCUUUUCUAGUAAAGAGGAAAACUUCAAGAAUCUCCCAGAGUAUAUGUAUGAGAAAUCAUGCAAAUCUUUACCAGAAAAGCCAUCUAACUCUUCUGACACAGUAGAAAACAGCAUAACUGUAUGUAAUUUUCACGCAGAAAAAAAAAUUGACACAAGUCCUAACACAGACAGUGCAGUUAAAUUGUUGAUGGACACACAUCGAAAGCCUGUUGAACAACAAGAAAGCCACGUAGAUACUGCACAUUGUAGACCAGUUUUCACACCCAUUCUUAGUAUGAAAAGGAAGAUGUCUGCUGAAGAAAGCUCUAGUUUUAUACCUUUGAAACACCUCAGAGCAAAUACAUGGACAGGACAGCCUCUUUCUAGCUGUAAGAUGAUAAACAGAAAUGUAUACCUGCAUUCCACAAGAACACGUUUGCGCAUUCGCAAAGUAAAGGUAUGAAGAGUCAAUAACAGGGAAGUUCCCAUCUCUUGUACCUAGUUGCCUUGUAUUACUACAUAUAGAUGAAUAUUUCAUUGUUAUUUUAAUUUUCGUAUACAAACAGUGCAUCAAAGAUGGUUUAUUUUUGAAAAACAUACCAAAUUUUUCUUAAACAGAAUUAUUGAUUGCAGUGAAUUAUAAAUAUUUCAAUAUCAGCCUGCAAAACAAAAUAUUUAAAGAAUUUUCUUUCUCUGAAUUACUUUUGACACAUGGUAUUUUGUAAAUAGAAUGGUUUUAGUCAGAAUGUAAAAAAGUGCAAGACGUUGAAAAUAUUUUAAGGAGAACUGUGUCUUUGUGAUUGACUAUUUAUUUAAAAUUUUUAUUGAUUCAGUUGGAAAAUUACUUGAGACAAAAUUCAGCUCAGUCAUGUAGGCUGUUUUAUAGAUUUUGUAUUUUUACAGUUAGUACACAUUAAGGAUGAUGUCAGGUUCAAGAAGUCUUAAUAUAAAAUGAUAAAAACCAUAUAACUCAGGUUGAAUGGUUUCUAUCAUUUUAUGUUAAGACAUGUAUAUACAGUCGAACCCCGACUUACUCAGGGAAUAUGUUCCUGAAAAACUCCCUGUAAGUUGAAACCGUGUAACUCGAGGCAUUAAGUCCAUGAAGAAUUUCAUCAAAUAACUCCACAUUAUGAUCUUCAGUGUCAGUUCUAGUAACAAUGCUUGAGCUGGAAGUACUUGGCUGUUGAUUGUCCUCCCCAUGGUUGACAUUUCUAUCUUUUCCUUUACUUUAUAUUUAGCUUGUGAUGAGUGCUAACAUUUUUUCUGUAACUUCAAAACUUUGGCAACAAAUUCCAUUAUUGUACAUGUCUGUUCUCACACACAAAAUUGGCUCAGUAGAACUUGGUCUAAGCUGGUUUCUUGCCUUUGUCUUAACAUUUGUUAGAUGUGAAAAAACUUGUUCAGCAAAUACAAUAUUAAGAGGAAUACAGUAGGAGUUCAAAGCAAUGGUUGCUAACUCUUUAUAACAUUUUUCUCCAACUGCAUUUUCAUAAUUCAACACAAAAGCUCAAAACUCAACUGGAUUUGAUGGAAUUUGUGAGCCAGGAAAUUACUAUCGCCAAUUAGUUUUCAUAGAGAUACAUUCAUAUUGAUUAGCCACUUUCAUUAUAUCAAGUUUUUCUUCUUUAGCUAACUGUUCAUGGGGAAGAUCUCUGAAUUGUGGCUUAAUUUGGCUAAAGGAAACACUAGGAUUAAAAUAUUUCAUAUAUUCCAUUUUCAUUGUUGUCUUAUCAAUCUGGUUUAUUGCCUCGAGUAAAAAGUCAUGGCAGCAUUGCUGAAUGACUAGUUUUAUAUCACUGCUUAUUUUGUUACAUUUCAAGUGAUGUUCAAAUUUAUCUCUAAGUUUACCAUCACUUAAUGACCAGAGCAAUUUUCUCUGAUGAAAAUCUUUGUACACUUUGUGGAGUAAAAAGUUUCUUAGUUCUUCGAGAUCCUGAAAUACCUUGCUGAGAUCAGGAUUUGAUGCCUGGUAUGCAGCAUUGAGUGAUUCAAAAUUUUAAAUCAUUGGACAAACAAAGGUAAGAUAAAGUUUAUUAACUUCAUCAAGGAGCAUUUUCGAAAGGCAUGCAUCAUAGUUUCUCUCACGAAUUGAGCAGAAGUAGGCUUUAAGUUCUUCCCAUUGUUCUAAGUUUAUUCACGUGCAUUUUCCACGCACAAGCCAUUGAGUUUUACUUGGUGUAACAAACUUGUCAAAGUGUUCAUUUCCAUUGUUCAUUGUUUGUAUUCCUCUCGAUGCAAAGAACUUAAACUGAACCAUUGAGAAACUUCAGAAAUCAGGUAAUUUAAGUUGGAAGACAAAACUUUAAAUGCUUUUUCACAGUACAAUGCUAAACUGUGACAAUUACAUUUCACAAAUUUAAUGUUAGGAUUCACAUCCCUAAAAAACCUUGAAAAAACUAAACUAAAAUCGUCACUGACAUUGUUUGCACCAUCAGUACCUAAACCAAUGCAACUUAUAUCAAUAUUAUUCAAACUUAAAAAAGUCUCUAAUAACACUGAAUAGACUUUAUCCUGUUGUAGAUAUGACAGGAAUCAUACCUAGGAAAGAAGUUUGUACUUUUUGCAGUUUCUUAGAAAAGUAUCUUACACACAAAUACAAAAGCUUUUUAACACUCACAUUUUAAGAUUCAGCAAUUAACACUGAAUAUAUUUUGUCUUUUACAUCAUUUAUUAGCUCUUCAAAUAAUGACAAUGAAACAUUUCUUAUUAGGCACAUACACUUUGAAUAAUGCAGUUGAACAUUUUCAAGAAUGCUUCCUUUACAGUAACAUGCUAUUUAUUCUGUUUGGUGAUUUAUUGAUAGAACACUACAGUGACAAGCUGUUGAAACACUAUACUUUAUUUCAAAUUCUUUGAGUUCCCUUCUUGGGUUAACAGUGCUUCUCUUGUAAGUGUCGGUUAGUUUUCCUGUAUUGGUAAAUGCAUUAACAUUCUUUCUGUGCUUUACUGUUUUCUCAUGCUCUUCAAUUUCCAUAUAUUGGACAGAAUGCACUUACAUCAUUUACGAAAACAAGCAUUGUUAUUCCGAGAAAGCCACUCAAAUUGCUGUUACUAUUCCUUAUUGUAAUUUUUAAUUGCAUUAAAAGUAUUUUCCACUUACCCAUCUUGUUGAAAGGUAGCUUUUUCAGAUCACUAAAAACUGUUACUAAAUAAUAUUUAGCAUGUGAAUAUUACAAACUACGAUGACACCAAUGAAGGUACUGCACUCGUGAGGCAGAGGCGGCUAGUCUCGACCAAUCAUAAGAUGAGACCUUUGUAGUAACAUGUUUGUAUGUGAUAUAAACUUGAAUGAGCUGCAACAUAAUGUUUAAAACACAUUCAAGCCCAUAACUUUUCUUAAUUCAAAGGAGCCUAAAAAGGACAAUUCUAGACUGUUCUUUUUAUUUCAAAAAUUAUUGGACAAGUGAGUCUCAAAUGGGACAGGCUUUGCAACCCAACAUUGGUCACAUUAUAUAAAGCACAUACACUGGAAUCAGUAUAACUCGAACCCGUGUAACUGGGGUCCAACUGUAUUAAUGUACUAUGUACAUCAUGUAGGGUUUUUGUUUGUUUUUUCUCACUUACAACAAAUUUCUAUUACUAUAGUUAUUUUAGUAAAAUCUAAGACACAAAUUUUGUUAAGGUAAUUUCUUUUUAAUUAGUUAUAAUUUAUCAGUCUGCAUUUUAGUUCCAUACAAUCAACAAGACUGUUGUAAAUAUAUAUAUAUGGAGAAUUGUGUAUUAUCUUUAAAUCUUGGGAGCAAUAAAAUACUUCAUCAGAAGCUGCA